AUUACUUUUCCAAAGGAAGUCUAAAACCCAAACCAAAAUUUAGCCCAAGAAUGUAAAAACCAAAAACUCGGAUCAAAUCAAAUCCCACAACUUCAUCAUCUUCGAUGUUGCAUCAAACCACACUAUCACUGCUCACUCCGCAGUUUUAACUCAUUUUGGACGAAAAAGAAAAGAAAAGAAAAGAAAAUUAUCCCUCAAUUGUGAUUUUAUUAAAAACUAUGCAUUUUCUAGUUUAAAGAAGCUAAGGGGUUUCUUCAACCAUCCUCUACGCCUGAGAUCUUCCCACUUUUUUUCCCUUUAAUUUUUAAAUUUCAUUUUUCUUAUCUCGUUCGAUUGGUCUGAUCUGCUCAUGGAUUUGCGAGAUUCAUCACCGUCGUCGACUCCGAAUCGGGAUGGUAACGCCGGCGACGACGACGGCGUCCUCUCCGUCACUUCCGCCCUCGCUAAAGACGCCGCUCUUUACUUUCAGUCUAGGAAGUUCGCCGAGUGCGUCGAUGUCUUGAAUCAGCUCAACUCGAAGAAAGAAAACGAUCCCAAGGUUCUUCAUAAUAUUGCAAUUGCGGAGUUCUUUCGGGAUGGUUGCUCAGACCCAAAAAAGUUGCUUGAAGUCCUUAACAAUGUCAAGAAGAGAAGUGAGGAGCUUGCUCUUGCAUCUGGGGAACAGGUGGAGUCUGGUAGCAAUAUUGGAAAUAACAUUACUUCAGGUUCAAAAGGAAGUGGUACAACUACAAGUCUUCCUGCUUCAAAUUGUGCCAGUAUUAUUUACGCGGAUGAAUUUGAUACCUCUGUGGCUUCUCUAAACAUAGCAGUCAUUUGGUUCUACCUUCAUGAAUACGCAAAGGCCUUAUCAGUUCUUGAACAUGUUUAUCAAAACAUUGAACCUAUAGAUGAGACAACAGCUCUUCAUAUCUGCCUCUUGUUGCUGGAUGUUCUGCUAGCUUGCCGUGACGCGUCAAAAUCUGCGGAUGUAUUGAAUUAUAUGGAAAAAGCAUUUGGUGUUGGCAAUGUGAGCCAAGGGGAAAAUGGUAACACAGCUUCGCAACAAUCAAGAGCUUCGCAACAAUCCUUGAAUGUAGUUGGAAAAUCAUCCUCAGAUCCAAACAGCUCAUUGAUCUCAGAUGUUUCUUGUUCAGACUUAGCUGCUAGUGUCAAUGCCUCAGAGAGUCCUCUAUCUAGAACUUUAUCAGAGGAUCCACUGGAUGAAAUGUUUUCAACACUAGAUAUUGGAGGACAGAACUUAGCUAGGCACGCUGGUCUUACAUCUGCAAAUGAUCUACCCAGGAUCACAGUCGAUAGAUCUAUCUCUGGUGUUGAUCUGAAGCUUAAGUUGCAACUUUACAAGGUUCGACUAUUGCUUCUCACUAGAAAUGUAAAGCUAGCUAAGCGUGAAGUCAAGCAUGCAAUGAAUAUUGCUCGAGGGAGAGAUUCUUCUAUGGCUCUCUUCUUGAAGGCCCAGCUUGAGUAUGCUCGUGGCAACCAUCGAAAAGCUAUCAAGUUGUUAAUGGCAUCAAGUAAUCGGACGGAUGCAGCAAUGUCAAGCAUGUUUAAUAACAAUCUAGGCUGCAUUUACUAUCAACUUGGGAAGUAUCAUACAUCUGCAGUGUUCUUUUCCAAGGCACUGAGUAAUUGUUCAUCUCUUCAGAAAGAGAAGCCUCUAAAGCUAUUAACAUUCUCACAGGAUAAAUCUCUCCUCAUAACAUAUAACUGUGGGUUACAGUACUUGGCCUGUGGAAAACCACUACUUGCAGCUCAUUGUUUCCAGAAAGCAAGUUUAGUUUUCUACAAAAGACCCCUAAUGUGGCUUCGGCUUGCUGAAUGUUGUCUAAUGGCGGUAGAGAAAGGCCUUGUAAAAGGAAGUUGGGCUCCAUCAGACAGAUCAGAAGUUAGAGUCAGUGUUAUAGGGAAGGGUAGAUGGAGGAGACUUCUAAUUGAAAAUGGAACUACAAGAAACAGACAUGUAGAUUCUGUUGAAAGGGAUGUCUGGGCUUUAGGUGAUGAUGGGCAACCUAAGCUUUCAUUACCUCUUGCUAGGCAGUGUCUCUACAAUGCACUGCACUUGUUGAACUGUUCUGAGUUGAGUAAUUCGAAGUCUAUUCUACCCUCAGAUUCAUGCUUGGAAGAGAAUGAAUUGAGUGAUGGAGCAUCUUCCAAGAACUCAAACUAUAAGAACUUACCCAGCAAUGAUUCCAAGGCUUCAACUAUGCCGGCUGCUCUAAUUAACUUAAAUGGGGAUUUGAAAGAACCAAAGGGGGGAACUAAUCAGGAGGGUAUUCAGACCUUCAUCUCCUAUUAUGAAGAUAUUUGCAGAAGAGAAAAUCAGAUGAUUAAGCAAGCUCUUCUUGCUAACCUGGCAUAUGUAGAGUUAGAACUGGAAAAUCCUUUGAAGGCGCUCUCUGCAGCACGAGCUCUCUUAGAACUGCCAGGUUGUUCAAGAAUUUAUGUCUUUCUAGGCCAUGUCUAUUUGGCGGAGGCUUUAUGUUUGCUGAACAAACCUAAGGAAGCUGCAGAGCACUUGUCCAUUUAUUUAUCUGGGGAAAGUAACAUCGAAUUACCGUUUGGUCUAGAGGACUGUGAGCAGUGGCGAGUGAAAAAGCAUAUUGAUUGUGAAGAAGCAAAUGUUGGAGCAGCAGCUGCCAAGAACUCUUCCCCCGAGGGCUUAGAGGAUUUCAUGUUUCUCAAGCCUGAUGAGGCACGUGGAACACUUUACGCAAACCUUGCUGCAGUGUCUGCAAUACAAGGCGACCUUGAGCGAGCUCACCAUUUCGUGACACAAGCAUUGUCCCUGGUACCCGACAGCAGCGAAGCCACUAUGACCGCAAUAUAUGUCGAUCUCAUGCUUGGUAAGUCGCAAGAAGCUGUGUCCAAGUUAAAACAUUGUAGUCAUGUCAGGUUCCUACCCAGCAAUCAACAAUUCAACAAAUCCUCCUAACGGAUUGUAUGGGGGGUUUCUAAUUCAAUCCUGUGUGGCCCACACCAUUGAGUUGGUAGUUAGCAGGUAGAUCAGCAAUCCUUUUAAAGGAUUUGUAUCAUAUAAAUAUAGUUCAAUUCAGAUAAUCAAGUUUUCUUUAAUUUUUACCCCCUUUCAUUUUCCCAUACCUAGGGUUCAUUUUUCAGUGGUGUGGCUGAUUGUUUUGGUAAAGAGCUGAUGCCCCACCUGUGAGAAUUUGAGAUGUAGUUUUCUAAAAUCAGGGUUAUUGUGUUUUAGUGGCCAAUCCCUCUGGUAUCGAAGAAUAGAGAGAGAAUGUGCUUUUAUUCAUUUUGGAUUUAAAUUCCAAAGUCAUUCAUUCCAUUCCUUGCCUUUCAAUCUACUUAUAAUCUUUGAUUAUCUCCGAAGAUGUUAUAAAAUUUAUGUCUCUUGGAA